AUGCGCCGAACAUUUGUGCUCGUUGCGUCAUCCGAUAUCCUUUGCGUCAGUUUCUGUCUUUCUCGUAUCACCGGUGCUCCUCUUACAGCAACAACAUUUCGCGCUCCCUCUGACGAAACUGCUGAUCUUCGUCGACAACUGUUUUCUGGCCUACUCUCCGUCAGAAACAGGGUGGUCUUGCCCUGGAUAGAUAUUAUUAGUGAAGAUAAUGCGUCUUUUUGCGUGCUGACUAAGAUGUCGACUGGUAUGCCUCUGCCGAUUUUUUGGAAAGUAUAUAGGGCAGUUGAGGGCUCUGAUGCUGCUUUCAGAGUGAUUCGUUUAUUAGUAACAUUUAUACUCACUGUAGAAAAUCAAGUACAAUCUUCACUUAUAAAAAUAUUGGUGUACAGCUUAGCCAAUUGUCACGACUUAACUGUUAACGGAGAUGGGUUCCUCGUGCUGUAUAUAGAUGGGCCCAAGCUAAUUAGUCGUUUGCCACUCGUUAUGAGACCAGUACUUGGUCUUCAACAGCAGUUUCUCUGGCGUAUAAUGACUCACCUUCUCAAAGACCCAGAUAGAGUUGGUGAUACUACAGUAGAGCCUCCAUCACUGUCUCAAUUACACGGUUGGCCGGAUAAGGUACUUUACUUUUUGAGGGAUUUGUGUGCAUAUCCGGUUGUUUUGUCUGUAGGUGUUGCUGAUACUUGCUCUUAUCUAAGCAGCUAUCCCAACCCUUGGCACAUCCCCUUGCACACACUGCGGGCAAACCCGGUUUCAAGCUCCCUCAACUCGGUACAAUCGUCCGAGCUCUUUGGGGAAUCUAUGGAGCUGCUCAACACAUACAUCGAUAUGAACUCUCGGUUGCGACAGCCUGAGUUCAAGGGCCUCCUACUUACAGCCGAGAUAUACCCGUGGAAGAUUCCCGUUGGUGCUCUGGCCCGAGCAUAUAUGUACGGCAGGUCAACUCUUGCUGUGGAGGAAGCAUUCUCCUUAGCCAUGCAGCGAGGCAACUACGGCAUCCUGGCUGGCAUGGCACACCUUUGUAAGUCAACCAACAUAAAGCUGACAUCUCUUAUGCUGGAAGUUCUGCGUCAAGCAGAUCCUGAUGUCUCAUGCUGCAGCUUCGUCUUAUCUGAAAAAGAUAAAGAAACCUUAUGGCUGAACUCCACACAUGGGUAUUCUGCACUUAUGUUUGCUGUAUUGACACGCAAUAAGACAAUAGUCGAAUGCAUUUUGCCCCAUGAAGUGACUAUGACGAAUGCCUGCGGACACAGUGCCCUCGCCAUUGCCCGGCAGCUUAGGCUAGAGCCUAUAUGUGCUGUGCUUACGCGCUACCUUCCUACUUAUGAUGCAUUUGGAAACACCUAUUUACACACGGUUGUUCAAGAGAACGGCGAGAAUACAGAUGCAAUUAAGCAACAUAUAUUUCUUUCUCAGAUACAAAAUAGCGCAGGAGAGUACGCCAUCAUGAUAGCCUACCGGCUAAAGAAAUAUAAGGUCCUUUCUGUCCUUUCGCAGUCUGAAGGCCGCCUCGUCCAUCCAGUGACUAUUUGUCAUAACAAUCUAUCUAUCUCUAAACUCUCUGUACUUCAGCUUGCUGCUCUUGAUGGGGAUGGUGCCGCUGUGCGUGCUGUUAAGCAAUACGGUCACUCUGUUGUCACCGAUCAUGGCUACACUGCAUUGAUGUUUGCCGCCGAAAGAGGACACAGUGACAUAGUUCGUGAGCUGGCUCCAUUUGAGGCACGACAGACAAAUGACGCGGGAAAGACAGCCUUGUUGUUGGCUAUAUGUGCCGGACACUUGGAUGUGGUUAAGGUCUUGGCGGACUAUGAGACAAGGCUAACAGAUAGCACAGGGUGGUGCCCUCUUGAACAGGCAGUGAGACGUAGCAGAAUAGGCAUGGUCGAAGUGCUUGCACCAUAUGAGGCCAAGAUCUUUGGGGCAAGGGCCAUCGAUGCAGUUGACUCAUCAGCAUUUAUUGCACAGGCUAACCGCCGUUCUAUUAAGGAGAUCAUCAGAAAAUACAUGUGA